CUUCCCAUUUGGAAGGAGGAACUCCGAGAACCUACGGAGAUCUUGGACUUCAGCACUGGACCACCUCACGCUCAGUUCGUCUCAAGCCUAGGGUCCACAGAGGCUUUAACUGUUUUAUUCUUAUUUUCCUAAAUAAAUUCCAACAGUUUUCCCCACAGCUUCUCGCAUGCACAGCUGAGGCAGAGGGGUUGAUGAUGAAGAGCAGGCUGUCUCUGGCAGCUUCGGCCCUCCUGGCCCUCCUGGGUCUGGUGCUGCUGUCCUCCUCCCAGGCCCAGGACCAAGUGGACGCUCCGACUGAUUUAAGGUUUAAAAUUUUAAAUGAAAAUACGGUUCAGAUGAUCUGGAGCCGUCCACUGAGCAGGAUACAGGGCUACACGAUACAAGUGACCUCAGGCACAGGGGAACAGACGAGACAGUUUUCUCUGCCUGCAUCUGCGACUAAGACCUCCAUCUCGGACCUGAGUCCAGAUGUGGAUUAUGAGGUUACUAUAGUUGCGUAUGCUGGAUCCGAGGAGAGUCUGCCCAUCUCAGGCCAGAUCACACUCGAGUCCAGCAGUAGCUCCAGAGGAGGAACCAGGAAACCCGAUUCCUCAGAUUCAGUCAGAUGUCCAGCCACUGCUGUCGCAGACGUGCUCUUUCUGGUUGAUGGUUCCUGGAGCGUCGGCAGACCAAACUUUAAAUACAUCCGCAACUUUAUCUCAGCAACUGCCGGAGCCUUUCAGAUCGGCGAAGAUAGAACCCGUGUGGGGGUGGUCCAGUACGGUGACGAUCCACAAACUGAGUUCAACCUGAACGAACACCUGACCCGACCAGUUCUGCUGAAGGCCAUUGGUUCCCUGCCCUACAAAGGAGGCAACUCCAGGACAGGCGAUGCUCUAAACUACCUCUUGACAAACAGUUUCACUGAGGCAGCCGGGUCCAGGAGAGGUUUUCCCAAGGUGCUGGUGAUCAUCACAGAUGGCAAAUCCGACGAUCCUGUGGAGAGUUAUGCCAAGCAGCUCAGGAGCAGGGGCGUGGAGAUCUUCGUUCUUGGUGUUCAUCUUGCUGAUGAAGCAGAGAUGAUGGCCAUGGCCUCCACACCGUACACCCACCACAUCUACAGCGUGGCCAACUUUGACGUGAUCAGGAACGUGCAGCGACAUCUCAUCACCCAGAUCUGCUCCAGUGUGGAAGAUCAGCUCAGCUCACUGGUCAGCGGAGAAGAAGUCGUAGAUCCAGCCUCUAACCUCAGAGUCCUUGAGGUGGCCUCAAAGUCCAUGAGGGUGACCUGGGCUGCCUCGAUUGGUGACAUUUCAGGCUACAGGGUGCAGAUGAUUCCCAUGAUGACUGGCAGCAAGCAGCAGGAUCUGUACGUGGCCUCAUCCCAGACCUCAGUGGUGGUCAGAGACCUUUCUCCUGACACAGAAUACCAAGUCAAUGUUUUCGCCUUGAAGGACCUGAUGUCCAGUGAGCCCGUGAUGCUUAUGCAGAAGACAGAGCCGGUUAAAGUCUCACUGGAGUGCUCUCUUGGCAUGGAUGUGCAGGCCGAUGUGGUGCUCCUGGUUGACGGAUCUUACAGCAUUGGAGUGACAAACUUUGCCAAAGUAAAAGCUUUCCUUGAAGUUCUGGUGAACACCUUUGACAUUGGACCAAACAAGGUUCAGAUCGCCUUAGUGCAGUACAGCAGGGAUUCUUACACAGAGUUCUACCUGAGCACUCACCAAGAUGUCAACGCCGUGGUCAAGGCUGUGAGGACUUUCCCGUAUCGCGGUGGCUCUACCAACACUGGCAGGGCCAUGACCUACGUCAGGGAGAAGAUCUUCCAGACCAACAGGGGAGCACGAGCUAACGUUCCCCGUGUCACCAUCCUCAUCACUGAUGGGAAGUCAUCUGAUGCUUUCAAAGAUCCCGCAACCAAGUUAAGGAAUGCUGAUGUGGAGAUCUUUGCUGUGGGCGUAAAAGAAGCUGUACGAAGUGAGCUCGAAGCUAUCGCCAAUGCGCCUGCAGAGACUCACGUGUACACCGUGGAGGACUUUGAUGCCUUCCAGAGAAUAUCCAAGGAACUCACACAGUCUAUCUGCCUGAGGAUUGAGCAGGAACUCCUCAGCAUCUACCAGAGACAACUGAUCCAACCAAGAACCCUGACCUUCUCGGAUGUUGGGUCCAGGAGCUUCAGAACCUCCUGGGAAAUAGACACAGACAACGUUGAGUUCUUUUUGAUCCAGUUCAAGCCGGAAGAAGACGCUGACGGAAAUUACGUGUCCAUGUCCGUUCCUGGGAACACCCUCACUGCCCUCCUCCCCAACCUCACCCCUCUCACCCGAUACGAAGUCAAGGUGUCUGCUCAGUAUGCGAAGGGGGAAAGCUUACCUGUGACCGGCUACGAGACAACUGUAGAAGAGGCCGGCCCACCUAAGGACCUGGUCACUAGUGAAGUAACUAACACCAGUUUUAGGGCGUCUUGGACGCCGGCGCCUGGGAACGUGCAGGCUUAUCAAGUUUACUGGAAGUCUUUGUUUUCUGAGGAGCACGGAGAGAAAACAGUGCCAGGAGAUGCAACUUCCACCAUCCUAGAAGGUCUAACUUCAGAGACGCGUUACCAAGUGACUGUGAUCGCCACCUAUAGUUACAAAGACAGUGACCCACUCACUGGACUGGAAACCACUGAUGCUUCUCCAGCUGCCAAAAGUCUGACGGUGUCACAUGAGACGGAGCAAACCAUGAAAGUCACAUGGAUUCCAGCUCCAGGAAACGUGAUCAACUACCGUCUGAAGUACGUUCCCACUGACGGAGGCAAAGAGGUUGUCCUGAAGAUCCAAGGAACCACUACCUCCACCAUCAUGAAGCGUCUGCAGCCCAUCACCACCUAUAACAUCAACGUGCUGCCCAUUUACAAGCGUGGGGAUGGAAAACCAAGGCAAGGAGUAGGAACGACACUUUCGCCUUACAAGGCUCCCAGGAAUCUGCAGACCUCAGAGCCCACCAAGACCAGUUUCAGAGUCUCCUGGGAUCCUGCUCCCGGAGAUGUUACGGGCUACAAAGUGACCUUUCACCCCACAGAAAAUUACGUGGUCCCAGGGGAACUCAUGGUUGGCCCAUAUGAUAACACAGUGGUUCUGGAGGAACUCAGGGCGGGAACAAAGUACUCUGUUGCUGUUUUUGGGAUGUUUGAUGGAGGUGUGAGUCUGCCUCUUGCUGGGGAGGAGAAGACAACACUAAUGGAUGAUCCUGAGCCUCCACCUCUGGAUCCAUCUGACAAUCAGUGCAGGACCUCAGCCAAGGCCGACAUGGUGCUGCUGGUCGAUGGCUCCUGGAGUAUCGGCCGCAUCAACUUCAAGACCAUCCGCAACUUCAUCGCUCGUAUGGUCGGUGUGUUCAACAUCGGCCCCAACAACGUGCAGAUUGCUUUGGCUCAGUACAGUGGAGACCCGAGGACUGAAUGGCACCUGAACACCCACUCCACCAGAGAUUCGCUGCUGAAGGCCAUCAACGACCUUCCGUAUAAAGGAGGAAACACCAUGACAGGAAUGGCUCUCAGGUACAUCCUGCAGAACAACUUUCAGCCAGCUGUGGGGUUGCGCUCCGACUCCAGAAAGAUUGGAGUCCUGAUCACAGACGGAAAGUCGCAGGAUGAAAUCAUCAUGAAGUCUCAGAGCCUGAGGGACAGCGGCAUCGAGCUCUACGCCAUCGGUGUGAAGAAUGCCGACGAGAACGAGCUGAGGUCCAUCGCUUCGGAACCUGAUGAGAUCCACAUGUACAACGUGGCGGACUUCAAGUUCCUGCUGGACAUUGUGGAUGACCUCUCUGGGAAUUUGUGCAACAGCGUCAAGGGUUCAGCUUCAGAUACUGAGCUGGGCCCGCCCACAAACCUGGUGACAUCAGAGGUCACCCACCACUCCUUCAGAGCCACCUGGACCCCUCCAGAACUUCCUGUGGAACAGUACCGCGUCACUUAUGGGAUGUUGGCUGGAGGACCCACCCAGGAGCUGCUGGUCGACGGGGAGGUCACCACCACUGUACUGAAAAAGCUGACCCCCCUGACGGAGUACGUGGUCAACGUUUACGCCGUGGUUCAAGAGGUCAGCAGCGAGCCUCUGAAGGGCACCGAGACCACCUUGCCGCUGCCGGCUGUGCUGAACAUGAACGUUUAUGAUGAGACCUCCAGCACCAUGAGGGUGAGCUGGGAGGCAGCGGCUGGAGCUACGGGAUACCUGCUGCUGUACAGAUCCAUCAACGCCUCUGAGCCCCAGCUGGAGCAGGAGGUCCGUGUUGCAGGGGGCGUGACGAACACCCAGCUGGUGGAGCUCAUACCCAACACAGAGUACUCCAUCACACUCUUAGCUCUGCAUGGAGAAUCAACCAGCAACGCCCUGGAGGGCCGAGGAGUCACCUUACCCCUGGCCCCUGCUGGAGAGCUGAGAAUUACCGAUGUUACCCACAGCACCAUGAGGGUCAACUGGGACGCUGCUCCUGGAGCCGUCCGCAAAUAUAUGAUCACCUACAAACCAGAGGAAGGAGAGCUGAAGGAGGUUGAAGUUAAUGGAGACGUCACAACCCUGCAGCUGACCAGUCUCCUCUCCCAGACCGAGUACGAUGUGGCCGUCACUCCGAUGUAUGACGAAGGACCUGCAGCCCCGAUGCUCGGAACCGCCAUCACAGAUGUUGUUCCUGCUCCAAAGAACCUGCAGUUCUCUGAGGUGACCCAGACCUCGUUCAGAGCCACAUGGGAACACGGAGCUCCAGAUGUGGCCCUCUACCGGAUCUCAUGGACCAAGAAGGGGGAGAACAACUUUAAGAACGAAAUCCUGAGCAGCGAUGAGAACUCCUACGUUCUGGAGAACCUGGACCCGGACACAGACUAUUUCGUGACUGUCACAGCCAUUUAUCCUGACGAGUCAGAAAGCGAGGACUUGAUGGGAACCCAGCGGACCUUGCUGAAGGCUCCAGAUGUACGCCCUGAGCCGCCUCGGAACCUGAGGGUUUUCAACGCCACCGUCUCCACACUGACUGUGAAGUGGGAUGCUGCUUCCGGUCCUGUAAAGAACUACAAAAUCACGUACAAGCCUAUCGCUGGAGGAGAGCCGCUGUCUCUGCAGGUCGGAGGGAAGAAGACGAACAUCAUCUUGCAGCAGCUGCAGCCGGAUACGCCGUACUCCGUCACCGUGGCCGCCGUUUAUCCCUCUGGCGUCAGCAGGGACAUCUCCGGAGAGGGAAAAACUAAGCCUCUGGGCGGCGUGAGGAACCUCCAGGUGCUGAACCCGACCAUGACCACCCUGAACGUGCGCUGGGAGCCGGCUGAGGGCCGAAUCACAGAGUACAAAGUGAUUUAUGCUCCGGCUGCUGGAGGAGCGGAGAGCAUGGUAGGACUGGAAACCGUGUCAGCAGGAACAACCACCACCAUCCUGCGGGGCCUGCAGCCUGAUACCUUCUACACCGUGUCACUGGUUCCAGUUUACGCUGAAGGAGACGGAAAGAAGCUGUCUGAAAAUGGAAAAACGAGGCCUUUAGGGGGAGUGAAGAACCUGAAGGUGACCGACCCCACCAUGACGUCCCUGAACGUUAACUGGGACCCCGCUGAUGGAGCUGUUCGUCUCUACAAGGUCUUCUACGUACCUUCUUCUGGUGGACGAGAGGAGAUGGAACAGGUUCCUGCAGGGACCUCCUCCAUUGUUCUGAGGAAUCUGCUGCCUGAUACGCAGUACACUGUGUCCGUGGUGCCGGUGUAUCCCGCCCGGGAAGGAAGACGGCAGUCUGAGGAUGGAAAGACGUUGCCUCUGAGUGGUGUCAGCGGGAUGAGGGUGACCAACCCGACCAUCACCACGCUCACUGUGAACUGGGAUGCUGCCGACGGCAACGUUCAGGGCUACAGAGUCAUUUAUGUCCCUGUAGAUGGAGGCCUGGAGAUUGUGGAACAACUGUCUGAGAGCACCACCUCAACCGUCCUGCAGAAACUGCUGCCGGACACCAGAUACACCAUCACUGUGGUCCCCAUGUAUGCAGAGGGAGACGGGCCGAGCCUUACCGACACCGGCAAAACCAGACCUCUGGGAUAUGUGAGAAACCUGCAGGUUACCGAUCCCACCACCAGCACCUUGAACGUCCGCUGGGAGCCUCCUGAGGGAAGUGUACGUGAAUACAUCGUGAUCUGGGAGCCAACUGCUGGAGGAGAGCAGGAUGUGGACCAGAUCCCUGGAACCAUCACCAGCACCAUCCUGAAGAACCUGGAAGCAAACACAGAGUACACCGUCACUGUGGUUCCUGUCUACCCAGAGAUGGAGGGAAAAUCCAUGUCUGAGAAGGGGAAGACUAAUCCGUUGGGUGGAGUAAAGAACCUGAAGGUGAUUGAUCCCACCAUCAGCACCCUGACCGUUCGCUGGGACCCAGCGGUGGGAAACGUCCAGACUUACAAGGUCUUUUAUGCAGCCAAGCCAAGAGGAGAAGAGAAAGUGGAAGAGGUUUCAGGCGGCACCACCACCACCAUCCUGAGAAAUCUGGAUCCCGACACGCUCUACAACGUGGCCGUGGUUCCAAUCUACCCCGACAUUCAGGGAAUACGACAGGAAGACAAGGGAAAGACAAAGCCUCUGGGUGGAGUGAGGAAUCUCCAGGUGACAGACCCCACAAUCAGCUCCCUCAGGGUCCGCUGGGAGCCGGCCGAGGGCAACGUCCAGCAGUACAAAAUCCUCUAUGUCCCUGCAGCCGGAGGAGCCGAGAGCAUGACUUCAGUUACUGGGCUGACCACCUACACGGUGCUGAGAGAACUUAGCCCAGACACCGAGUACAGAGUGACGGUGAUCCCCGUCUACGCAGACGUGGAGGGAAAACUCAUGUCGGAGAACGGAAAAACAAAGGCUCUGGGUGGAGUGAAGAACCUCCAGGUCACCGAUCCCACCACCAGCUCCCUGAAGGUGCACUGGGAGGCAGCAGAGGGCAACGUCCGGCAGUACCGCAUCUUGUAUGUUCCUGCAUCUGGAGGAGCUGAGGACAUGGAGCAGGUUUCGGGCGGAACCACCAGCACAGUCCUCAGGAACCUGCUGUCAGACACUCCCUACACUGUGGCUGUGGUUCCAGUUUACCCAGAAGGAGAAGGUCUGCGUCAGUCCGACAGGGGAAAGACCCUUCCCCGAACGCCACCCAGGAACAUCCAAGUGUACAACCCCACCCCCAACAGCCUGAAUGUGCGCUGGGAGCCCGCCUCGGGCCUGGUGCAGCAGUACCGGGUAGCAUACGCCCCCCUGACAGGAGUCAAACCCACAGAGUCGGUCCUGGUUCCAGGAACCAUCACCAACGCCUACCUGGACAACCUGAUCCCAGAUACUCCCUACUCCAUCACAGUCUCAGCUCUGUACGCCGACGCUGAGGGAUCGCCAGUGAAGGGUGACGGCAAAACAUUGCCUCGUGCUGGCCCCAGGAACAUGCGGGUGUUUGACGCCACCACCAGCACCCUGACUAUCGGCUGGGACCACGCCGAAGGACCCGUCAGGCAGUACAGGAUCGGCUACGCUCCCAUGACCGGAGACCCCAUCACUGAGUUUACUAUGGUUUCAGGGAACAGGAACAAUGCCAUGCUGCAGAAUCUCUUCCCGGACACUCCGUACAACAUCACCGUGGAGGCCAUCUAUGCCGAAGGGCCCGGAGGAUCCCUCAAUGGGAACGGACGGACAGUUGGCAUGUUGAGUCCCAGAAACCUGCGAAUCUCAGAUGAGUGGUACACCAGAUUCCGGGUGUCCUGGGAGCCAGUUUCUGCUCCGGUUCAGGGAUACAGACUCGUCUACACCCCUAAGGGUAAAGACCAGCCUGUGGACUUCUUUGUGGGUGACGUCACCUCGUUCACUGUGACCAACCUGGAGCCCGGAACCACCUAUGAUGUUAAAGUUCUGGCUCAGUACGCCACCGGCAUGAGUGCACCGCUCAUUGGAGAGGGAACAACACUUUACCUGAACGUGACCAACAUCGAGACCUACGACGUCGGCCACGACAGCUUCUGCAUCAAAUGGAGUCCUCACAGAGCGGCCACGUCAUACCGCAUCAAGCUGAACCCUGUGGACCCCUCCAGCAAAGGACAGCAGGAGGUCACCAUCCCCGCUGGCCUGCCUCAGUACUGCUUCGAUGGACUUUCUCAGGAUGCUCUGUACGAGGCCACAGUCUUUGUUCAGACUCCCAACCUGGAAGGUCCGGGAGUCGGCAUCACUGAGAAGACGUUGGUGAAGCCGACUCCAGUUCCAACACUGCCACCCACCCCAACACCUCCACCCACCAUCCCCCCUGCAUGGGCAGUCUGUAAAGGAGCCAAAGCAGAUCUGGUGUUCGUCAUUGACGGCUCGUGGAGCAUCGGUGAGCAGAGCUUCACUAAAGUCGUUCACUUUGUUUCCAGCGUCAUUGCUACCUUCGACAUCAUUGGACCGUCAGGGAUACAGGUGUCAUUUGUGCAGUACAGCGACGGUGCAAAGACCGAGUUCAAGCUCAACGCAUACACGGACAAAGGCAUCGCCAUGGCAGCAGUGCAUCACAUCCGCUACCGAGGAGGAAACACCAAGACAGGGGAGGCUCUGAAACACACGUAUGAGAAGGCCUUCUCUAUAGAAAACGGGAUGAGGAGGAACGUCCCAAAGGUGGUGGUGACCAUCACUGAUGGACGCUCUCAGGACGAUGUGAAGAAGAAUGCUGCCAAGCUGCAGCAUGCAGGUUACAGCGUUUUUGCCAUCGGUGUGGCUGAUGUGGACUUCGUCGAGCUGCAGCAGAUUGGCAGCAAGCCCAGCGACAGACAUGUCUUUGUUGUGGACGACUUUGACGCCUUCGAAACCAUCAAAGAAAAUCUGAUUACCUUCAUCUGUGAAACUUCAACUUCAUCCUGUCCUUUGAUUUACCUCAAUGGAUUUACAUCACCUGGAUUCAGGAUGCUGGAGGCCUUCAACCUGACAGAGAAGACCUACAGUUACGUUCCAGGAGUCUCCAUGGAGCCUGGAUCCUUCAACAGCUACACGGCAUACAGACUUCAUAAGAAUGCCUUCCUGAACCAGCCCAGCACAGAUAUCCACCCAGACGGUCUUCCUCACACCUUCACCGUCAUCCUGAUGUUCCGCCUGCUGCCCGACUCGCCUUCAGGGCCGUUCGACAUCUGGCAGGUGUCCACCAAAGACCACAAGCCGGAGACCGGCGUCACCGUGGACGGCUCCGCUCAGACCAUCUCGUUCUACAACAAAGAUGAAACCGGGGAGACCCAGAGAGUCACGUUUGACGGCGGGAUGGUGAAGAAGAUCUUCCAUGGAAGCUUCCACAAGCUCCACAUCCUGGUUUCAUCCACCAGUGUCAAACUCAACGUAGACUGCCAGGAGGUGGCUGAGAAAAAGAUCAAGGCUGCUGGGAACACAUCCAGAGAUGGCUACCAGGUUUUGGGAAAGAUGUCCAAGUCCAUUGGAUCUAAGGGCGAGUCUGCAACAUUCCAGAUCCAGAUGUUCGACAUUGUCUGCAGCUUGGCCUGGAACAGCCGGGACAGAUGCUGUGACUUGCCGUCGAUGAGAGACGAGCUGAAGUGCCCCGCCCUUCCCAACGCCUGCACCUGCACCUCAGAGGCCACUGGGCAGCCGGGCCCCCAGGGGCCAGUGGGCGCUCCCGGCAGCAAAGGCCCACGAGGGGAAAGAGGAGAGCCUGGUUCUCCUGGGCCGCUGGGUCCACCGGGAAGCAUCGGACCACCCGGGCCCAUGGGUCUGCCCGGACCCCAGGGUCCCAGCGGGAUGUCGAUCCCAGGAGAGGCUGGUCGUCCUGGACCGAAGGGGGACCCCGGUGACUCUGGCCUGCCAGGACAGAAGGGUUCUCCAGGUGCUCCUGGUCCCGUUGGACCCAUGGGACCAGGUGGAGUGAGGGGACCUUCAGGAAAGGAAGGACCAGCCGGACCCAGAGGACCACCAGGACCCAUGGGAGCUCCAGGAUCUCCAGGAAUACCAGGACCUACAGGAAAACCCGGACAUCCUGGAGACUUGGGUCCUCCUGGAACUGUCGGUCUCAAAGGAGACAAAGGAGAGAGGGGCGACUUCGCUCCUCAGAACAUGAUGCGAUCCAUCGCCAGACAAGUCUGCUCGCAGCUUGUCAGCGAUCAAAUGAGUCAUGUCAACACGCUGCUGAAUCAGAUCCCCAACGGGAACUACCGAAGCAGCAACAACCCAGGUCCCCCGGGGCCUCCAGGGUCUCCCGGCAUGCAGGGACCACGUGGAGAACCGGGCCCCGGAGGAAGGAAUGGAUUCCCUGGAAAUCCUGGUUUACCUGGCCAGCAGGGAGAGACAGGUCCUUCAGGAGAAAAAGGCGAGCGAGGAGUCCCAGGAGUCGGCCAGAAAGGACCCAGAGGGCCUCCAGGUCCUCCAGGAGAGAGCAGGACCGGAUCCCCAGGCCCGUCAGGCUCUUCUGGACCUCGUGGUCCUCCUGGACGUCCUGGAUAUGCCGGAGUCCGCGGUCCUCCGGGACCUCCUGGAUACUGCGAUUCCUCUCAGUGUGUCGGUAUUCCUUACAACGGCCAGGGAUACAUAGGUUCUCCAUAAUUAGACUUUUAUUGGCGCCUGUGCUGCUUUCACUGACUUCCUGAACAAAGCAAAUACUUAUAGACAGAAUAGAGGCGCUUAAAGGAAAAACCCGCCACCAGAAACACUUAACAAGCACCGGGGGAGCCGUACUAACAGCAGCGGCGCUGACGGCACCGACCUGCCGAACUCAGCGGAGGAGCAUGAGCCAAACGGCAGCCCAUACUAACAGAGACGGGACGUGGGGAAACUCCUGAACCCGUCUUUAACCUGUGUAACCUGCCACCGCUCCUCUGUGACCCUGGAGGGUCCGAUUCCUGUCUUCAUCCUCAGAACUGCUCCUCUUUAUUCCCGUUUCUAUCCUAAACUCUGGGUUUCUGUUAAUAACCAACUCUGCUUCCUGCUUUAAUCUGUGUGAUCAGGUCACCUGACUAACACCUGGAGGGGGCGUGUCCUCUGCAUCUCACAGCUGAUUGGCUCCUUACUGGAUUAUGACGGCUCAGCAAACCUUAUUCCAGAUCAAAUUCGUUAGUUGAGUCCGCGUAAAACGGACCUGCUCAGAUUGUCCUGUUAGUCUGAAGCAUGGAGGUGGUCAUCAGAACCCAAUGGAUCUCACUCUGCUUCCAAACCAUUUUUAUUAAACCUGAAACCAUCAACCAGAACCAGACUCUUGAUUCCUGUUUUAUGUCUCAGACUGUAGCAGUUUCAGCACAACCAUCAGAAUCAGGUUCUGAUUCCGUUCUGGUUCCUUUUAUCCACUUCAGAAUCUCUAAAUAAAAAUUCUGCUAGAAGAACAAAAAUUAUGAAUUUAUUCAUUUUCCAAACUUUUAGCAUCAUUUGUAGGAUUAAUCUAUAGGGCCAAUCAGACUAUUGGACUGGACAGAACCACUCUGAUUUCCCUCUGAUCAGCUUCUGUUUAGGUUAAUAAGAACAAGGAGGAACCACAUCAUGAAAGACCCGAAGGUUCUGAGCUCCGAUUAAAAGGCUGAACAGGCUCUGCAGCUUCAACAUCAAGCAGCAGGUCGGUCCAGAGUUCCCAGCAGAACCUCCUGGUCCUCCAGUUCAGGUAAUGGCUGCACUGAGAGCUUCUGGUUGGAGGGUGUCAGGCUUCUGUCCCAGUUUGGUUGAAUGUCCGGGUUCCAAACCAGUGCAAACGUACAAGAAUCUGAGAACCAGUGUUAAAACAGGCAGAACCGAGUUGCUGCAGCAUUUGGGACAAUCUGCCAGCGACAAACAGAUUGUUUAAGGCCAAUUUAGGAGAAUGCAGAUGUGAUGAAGGCAUCAAUACAGCUGAAGUUAUCCAGAGUUCACAGAGAGACAUGAUGAUGAUGGUUAUGGUUUAGUGACCAUCACUAGCAGAACCUGCUUGUAAUCUGGUCCACAUUCAGACCAGUGAUGGAAGGGAUUUGUUGGGUGGAAGAGCAGCGUUAUCAGGCAGUUACCAAAGCAGCCUACAGUCAGUCAGAACAGUGAGUGAGUCCAGUCAGUACUGGGUUCUGAUGAGGCCGGGUGGACGGAUGGUGGAACUACCCAACAUAUGGAGCUGCCCUGUGAGAAGUUGUCACCUCCAACAUUAGGCUGCAGUAACCUCUGUAUGCCGAACAUGUUGGAUAAAUACACAAUCUGACCACUGUGUGGCCCGUAUCAGCCUCCAUCGGUUCUGGCAGGAAUGUUGUCUGUGUUGGAUGAUUUGGUUACUGCCAGAUGAAACCAUCCCGCCUCUCCUUGUAAAUCAGAUGGUUUCCCUCCCCAUCUCUGGUCUCCAUGUGGACCAGGUUUCAUCCAGCUUGGAUCCUGCUGGGAUCAGAACCCUGUUCCUGUCGGUGAGUUCAGUUUUAGCAGAAUCUUAAAGUGAGACGCAUUUUUGUUGGCAUGUUAACAGAAUUUAGUUGGAAGCUGCUCAGGAUUCAAACUGAACCACAGGAUAGAUGUUUAUGACUCAUAAGCAGAACCUGAGCUGAGACUGGAGGUUGGACAGAAACUGAACAGAACAUCAGAGAUGUUGGACCUUUACCCUGAACCUGUAGUUGCUGGCUUAUAGUUACCUGAGCACUCAUAUCGUCCAGUUAGCAGUCAGACAGCAGCCAUCAGAUGCAGUGGCCACGCCCCCUCCCUACAUGUGGCCACGCCCCCUGCUGUUGACAACACCUGUGCCCGUCACACUAACGUCAGCUCUGUGUGUGUGCAUGCUCAGAUGGUCUGAAUGUUUGUCCUCGUUAAACUCAAACAAGCGUCUCCGAGCAGGAACCCAGGUCGUCCCCGCCCCCCAGGAGAACCAGCUGCUGCAGAACCAGCGCCGGAAGAGGUCGCUGCCCAGAAAGUCGUCUGACAGGCUGACAUCAUAAGAGUAACUGUUUGUUUCUGGAGGGUUUGAAACCUUGAAAUGCCUGAAAUUGUUUGUGAAUAUUAUUUUGUUUGGUGGGUGAUGUAUGGGACUGGAAGAACCGAGUGUUUGGCCCAAUUCUUAAAAAUAUGGAAGAUAAUCUGCUAUGGACCAGUAAAAACCUGUGAGCUUCUUGUUUUCCUGCCUGUAACAUAUUUACAUUGAGUUUGUGUUAAAAGGCGCAGCAGAGAAAUUAUUACACAGCUUUCAUGCGUAUCUUAGUGUUUAUCCGUUUGCCUUUAUUCUGUCACAGAUCCUGUUAGCAGCAGUGGAUUCACAUGUCUACACUUUAAGUUCUUGUUGUUCUAACGUUUCAUUAGGUUUAAUCAGAACAUUUGAGAUGCAGCAUCACUUUUCGUUGUUUUAACUGCAGAUUGUGAAUUCCACAGCCGGAUUUUCUUAUUUAUUUCUGAAAACAGAAGAGGCAUUUUUCAAUAAAACUACUGAAAAUCUCA